AUAAUAUAAAUAUAAUAUAAACUGAGACUUGUUACUGUAGAUUAUAAAUAUAAUAUAAACUGAGACUUGUUACUGUUGCCCGAACCAAUAUGGCGGCGAAGUUGACGUGACAGGUAUCUAUGGGGAAUGGCAUUUGAGCGUCAUGCACCGGAAGUGGAAGUAGAACCGGAUGUGUAUGAGCGGCGUCACUGUGUUUUGGUAGUGGUGGUGGUGUUUUUUUAUUGCAGAGGAAUUGAAUUAAACUUACAGAUUGAUGUCGUUUGGUGAAACUCAGAACAGCGGGCGGCGUAGUAAAUGGGACCAGGCUGCACCAUCCUCUGGUGCUCUGGAUGCUGCUGCUGCCGUCGCUGCCAAAAUCAACGCCAUGCUGGUGGCUAAAGGCAAACUGAACCCAGCACAGAUCAACACACACACACCCGGGGACACGGCUGCAGGAGGAGGUGCUAAGAGCUCGGUGAAAGCAAGGGAUGACCUGGUGGUGGCUGAGGUGGAGAUAAACGAUGUACCACUCACUUGCAGGAAUCUACUGACCCGAGGACAAACACAGGACGAGAUCAGCAGGGUGAGUGGGGCAGCCGUGUCCACCAGAGGGCGCUUCAUGACUGCAGAGGAGAAGACUAAAGCUCUGCCCAGCGACCGUCCACUCUACCUCCAUGUCCAAGGCCAAACCAGAGAGCUUGUGGACAAGGCUGUAAACAGGAUUAAGGAGCUCAUCACUAAUGGAGUGGUUAAAGCGGCAGUGUCUCAGCCCCCACCCUCCAUGCUGCCUCCAUCAGGACCCAAACCUCACUGCGCUGGGGUGAAGGUGUUUGUGGGAUUGGACCAUGCUCUUCCUGGUUUCUCGGUAAAGGAACGGGUGGAGGGACCGAACUGUUCUUACCUACAGCACAUUCAAAAUGAGACAGGUGCCAAGCUCUUCCUGCGGGGUCAAAGGUCAGGCUGCAUUGAGCCGGCGUCGGGGAGAGAGGCCUUCGAGCCCAUGCACAUCUAUAUCAGUCACCCCAAACCAGAGGGAAUCACUGCUGCUAAGACCCUGUGUGAGAACCUGCUGCAGACUGUACAUGCAGAGUAUUCUCGCUACCUGAGUGAGAUGAGUGCUGUGAUGCCCACGCAAGGUUUCCUCCCCCCUCCUGGGGUAAAUGGAAUGCCCCAGUAUUACCCCCCUAUUGUGCCCCCUGCGGCCCCAGCGCCCAAUCAUUACCCUCUUCCCCCUCCAACAGUAGUGCCCACUGUAGCACCCGAGCCCACAGUGCCCCCUACUGCCCCAUACCACAUCACACACCCGCUCACGGCUAAUCUCACACAGCCCCUCCCACCAGCAGUGUACCCACUUGUGGCUCCACCCCAACAUAUGACUCUAUCCCCAGUCAAACCUGCAGCUCCACCCCCUUCCAAGCCUGUGUCUCAGACAAAAUCAGUGGCUCCGCCCCCUGCACAGAAACGGCGCUUCACAGAGGAAGUGCCUGAGGAGAGUGAUAAUGGCCUGCUGGGAUACCAGCAUGGACCCAUUCAUGUGACUAAUUUAGGUUCAGGCUUCUCAGUGGGCAGCCCCGAGACUGCAGGACCCCAACACAACAUUUCUACUUCCUGUGGGGAGAGACCAGAGAGAGACAGUAGGCAGAUGAUGCCCCCACUACCCCUACCACUGAGCAGUGGAAUGAGAGAGCAGAAAAGUGAGGAGAGACUACACAGCUCCCUGGAUCCUCAGGUAAAGCGCAUCAGGACGGGGUUGGUAUCGUACUCUGGUGAUUCUUCUGAUGAAGAGGAGGAGCUUGCAUCUCAGAAAGUGGGUGAGGCCAGUGUGGCUGGCUCCUCCCCUUCAACAUGGACUGCUGGGACAUUCAGAUGCCCUGCCCCCUCUCAGCCACACCUCAAAACACAGACCACACAGUCAAUGCCUUUCUGGAUGGCGCCAUGAGAGGGAGGUGUAACACACACACACACACACACACACAUACACACACAUACACAUGCGCGCACACAUACACACACACAGAAACACACUGGUGACAUUAUUAGUAGCUUUUCUUUUCUCUAGAUAUAUUGCACAGGAGACGCACAGCAGUGUGUUAGUACUAUCAUUUAAGAUUGGUUGAUCAAACGUAUCAAACGUAUCAAACAUAACUCCACCUUAGUCGACCCAGAGACACCUGUUACAUGGCAACAUCAAUACACACACACAUACUUCUGUUUCUCUCUGCAGUUUUGCUUACAGUGAGCAGGCACAAUGACUGAUUGAUGUGACAGGAAACGAUGUAACAGACAGGAAGUGAUGUACAGGUGUAAAGUAAUGAACUGGACAGUGUGAGUGUUUGUUUAUUUCUCAGAAUAAACUUCUUUAUCUCAUAUCUGAUUGGUUAUUUUGCUUAUGGUAUUAUGGUGAACACGUUUUGUUUGUUGUCGACGUAUAACACAUUUUGAUGUAGCACACGCAUGUUGAUGUGUAACCGUGAUGUGAGGAUGUGUGUGGGGUUUUGUUGGGAUCAUUAGUGACCUCCAGUGGCCAUGCAGCGAAUCUAUGCACUGUAAACAGGAUGACAUUAAAGCAUGAUCGAUGGUACAGUAUUUUGCUGGAAAUAAUAUUCUUUCUGUGUGCACUGGCUUUGAGCAGUGGUGUGUACAGGUGAGGGUGGGACAAAGGUGUGUUACAAGGUCACUUUGAAGGGCAGGGAUUUGUUGAAUCAUUAAUAAAACAUUAAGGAGACUGUGGAAGGACUCAAGUUGUCAUUUUUCAAUAUAUAAAAUAUUUUUAUUCUGUAGCGGUGACGGCUGGUCGUGACAUUAGAUAGAAGCUAAAAGUUCAGUUGUGUCCCACUGAUUAUAACUGACCACAAAAUAUAUAUAUUUGGUCAUCGAAAAUGUCAUUCUGUGUUCAGGGUUUCACUUUUGGAUUUCCCCCCAUUUUCUCCUUCUUAAUCCAUCCAUUUUCCAUACCGCUUAUCUUUCACAGCGGAGCCUGGAGCCAGGUAGGAGCAGGUACGUCAGACUUCCAAAGUGUGCAAACCUUGGUCCAGUGCUGGUGGACAGUUGUUGUUCGGAAACAUCUGUAUAUUUACAUCAAGACAUGGUUUUAUGGAGAUUCCAGUGAUCCUGACCCUUUCUGCUCUCCGGACCUGCCUGAUCUGUCCUGAUGCCCUACCUCUGGAUGGAGUUCUCAUCAACUGGAGGCUACAGCAUGGAGAUUGCUGAGGAUGGUGCCCCUUGAAGGUCCAUGGAAAUGGUUCUGGACCUCAGUUCCACAUGGACAUUCUCGCUAUGGUUGCUGGGACUACGGUUGCUGCGAUGGCCUUGGGACUGCAAUUACCACAUGCAGUUUUUCACUCGGGUCUCCUUCAGUGUUGGACUAGUUCAAAAAACAGACUUCAUAUAAAAACCAUACUGAACUUUCUUUUAGUUUAACACUAUCCGUUGUUACCCAGAUGAGGACAGGUUCCCUUCUGAGUCUGGUUCCGCUCAAGGUUUCUCCCUCAUAUCAUCUUAGGGAGUUUUUCCUCACCACCGUCACCACUGGCUCUCUCAAUAGGUAUAAAUUCACACACUUAAACUCUAUCCUGUGUUUAUAUGUUUCUGUAAAGCUGCUUUGUGACAAUGUUUGCCCCAAAUUGCCCAACAGUUAUGGAACAGUCUUCUUAUUAGUGUUCGGGACUCAGACACAGUCUCAGUGUUUAAGUCUAGGCUUAAAACUUAUUUGUUUACUCAAGCCUACCCUGACUAGAUUCUGUUCUACUACUUCGCAGUCAUAAUAAUCUUUUUUCUCCCUCUCUCCUUUCGCCGAGCCCCACACGAAUUUAUGGAGAUACUAGAGAUCCAGAUCCUUUCUGCCUCUGGAUGGUGCUCAAAUCUUCUCUAAUUCCAGACUGCUGGGACUACGGCUGCUCCUAAGGCCAUACAGACUUCAUAUAAAUCCAUAAUGAACUUUUUCACACUAACUGUUGUUACCCAGAUGAGGAUGGGUUCCCUUCUGAGUCGGGUUCCUCUCAAGGUUUCUUCCUCUUAAAACAUCUUAGGGAGGUUUUUCCUUGCCACCGUCGCUACUCAGUGGCUUGCUCAGUUGGGAUAAAUUCACACCUUUAAUAUCUGUAUACCAUGUUGAUAUUUCUGUAAAGCUGCUUUGAGACAAUGUCUAUUGUAAAAAGCACUAUACAAAUAAAAUUGAAUUGAAUUGAA